AUGUCGCCAAGCGUGACCGUGACCGGCGAGCUUCCGCCGUACGCAACGUACUGCGAUGACAAUGUCGAGUAUUGGUCUGCCUGCCAGUGCUUCGGGAUCACUCCGACCACUGUCACUGUAGUCAAGCCAACUCCCACCACCAACACCAGAAAUGCCUAUCGCGACUUCUCUUACCUGAACCGCAACUCUCUCCUUGGCGGCGCCACCCCCCUUCAGAGUGGCAUCGUGUCUCAAGUUGGCUCGAUUGAGCAAAGCAAUUACGGGCUACCUCUGCAAUUCGACGGCCUAACCGCUCCGGGCAACACCGCCAUGCCCUUCAACGUUUUGGAGCAUCGUGGCUAUAUCGUGCCUGCCGCGGCCGGCGACUACAAGGUUCUCUUUACCCUGGUGGAUGAUCUUGCAGCCGUCUGGAUCGGCAACCACGCCAUAACUGGCAUCAUCCUCAGUCAAUCCGUCCUUAACGGUACCUUGGGCUCAUACUCAGAUUCCCCACUCACAUACAUCUUCACGGUCAGCCAGGCCGAUGUGGGUAAACCCAUCCCCAUACGCAUCUUCUGGGCCAACGCUGGCGGCCCGGCCGGUCAUUUGUGGAAGAUUAUUGACUCUAAUGGCACCGAGAUACUAGGCUAUGGUACGCCUAAGAACCCUCAGAUUGUUGUCAGCUGCUCCGGCCUAGACAUUAAUGCCCCUGAGUGGCCUGUGUGGGGUACCGAGCUCUAG